AGCACACGGCUGGGAGAGGAGGCAAAGAGGUUUCUACUUCCUGUGACAUCAUCGCACCAUGCCUGAGGGGUCACGGCGCGGCAGCCAGAGAUCGCCUAGCAACACAGCCGCCAAGCGUCCCUCCUCAGUCUCGUCUCUGAGUGGGAUUGUGGGUAGGAUGAUGUCGUCCGGCGAUCGAGGCGCCUCGUCCUCCUCCUGCACCUCCGUCAACACCGUCUGCUCUGACGGCGAGCGCCCCGCCUCCCUCUCCCUCUCCUCCUCCGCCUCCUCGGUGUCCCUGCAGGAAACGUCCCGCUCCUCCUCCUCCUCCUCUUCGUCCUCCUCCUCCUCCCUGCCGUACGGCGCCGUCCCGACUUACAACGCCUCCUCAUUGUCGUCGUCAUCGUCUUCAACGCCGAAGAGGAACGGCUCGGACAUCAGCCUGGACCUCACGCCUCUCAACACGCCACACGGAGGAGGAGGAGGUGGAGGAGUUUGUGUGGCCAGGGUGGCGGGUGGAGGACACGCCCCUAACGGACAUGUAGCCAAUCAGGCGGCAGCAGCUGUGGUGGCCACGCCCAGAAGCCAGCUUUCCCGGCUGGAGCGAGUGAUUCUGGAGAUCGUGGAGACGGAGCAAGCGUACGUCAGAGAUCUGAAGAGCAUCGUGGAGGGUUCCUGGAAAAACCUGGAAAACAGUUGA